AUGCUUCUUCAUGCCCUGCAGGGCUUUGUCAUAUUUCUGGGCUGGGCUCUUACAAUCGCCGUGCUCACACAAGAUGGUCCAACAGAUGGUCGAACGGCAUACUGUUUUGCGCUGUGUUGGCUCACUGUUCCCGCCCUCAUCUACCUGGCCGCAGUGCCUUUAUGGCCACGAACCCAAAGAUUUGGUAAUGCGUACGCUUUCGCAGUGAUUGACGUGCUCUUCGGUAUCCUCUGGUUUGCCUCAUGGGUGGCUGUUGCAUCAUAUGUGGCGGCAGGCAAAGUUGCUGACAAGGAUGAUGACAAUGAUAAAGAUGAGAAGGGUAAGAGCGGCUGCGGAGCGUUCAAAUUCGGUACCCCUGCAAAAUGCAAUAUAAGCACAGACGCUGCUGCACAACGAGGCGGACGAUUUGGGAGGGAUGCCGCAUGA